GAGGAUGCCUAUACGAACGUUAGAAAUCUGUCUCUCUCUCUCUUCGCGUUUCCUUUCCACAAAACCGCCUCUUUGCAGCGUCGAUUCGAUGGUGAUCUUCGGCAACGAAGAGGCCGAUGGCAUCCCGGGAGAGCUAGAUCUUCCGGCGGCGGGGCAUCGCGCCGCAUCACCCACUCCGGAGCCGCAGCCGUCGGGCUUCCACCGGUUUAAACUGCACAAUUUCACCUUCCCCACUGGCAGCUGGGGCACCCACCGCAUCCUGCGCUGCUGUAAUCUUUCCUCCGACCGCACUGUCGAUGUCAUCGGACGGGUGCCCGACGCGGCCGAUCGGAACGUCCGGGCUGACAGGAAGCGGCCGCCAUCGCCGCCGGAGAAAUCCUCGGUCAAGCAGAAGCGGUCGUCUGGGUCCAGAAACUCGAAGGAAGCGGAGGCCGAGAGGUCCCUUUCCUCCGCGACGGCUGCGGCGGAGGUUGCGGGGACCUCCAUGCCAUGGAGUCUGAGGACCCGCAGUGCGGCGUGCAAAUCUCCGCCUCUGUAUCGGUACUCUAAUUCGGUCUCAUGGUCUCCUUCGCCUUUGGCGGCUGAGAAGAGCUAUCCGGCGACGGACAUGAGGAAGGGGAGAUCAUAUGGAUCGGAGAAGGGGGAGCGUCGAAAAUUCUUCGUCUCGCUAUCCCGCAAGGAGAUCGAAGAAGACUUUUGGAGGAUGAAGGGGACGAAGCCCCCUCGGAGGCCGAAGAAGAGGGCCAGAAUCGUGCAGCGACUGCUCAAUUCGCUUUUUCCUGGUUCACGGUUAUCGGAAGUAACUAGUGUAACAUACAAGGUCGAUGAUUAAGAUUUUAGAGAGUUUUAUGGUCAAUGGUUCUCUUUCUUGGAGAAGCGAUUACGACAGUCAGAGGUCAAUUACUUCUCAUGGUUAGUUUGGUUGCUUAGAAUUCCCCCUAUUUUUUUUUGUCUGUAAAUCCAAGUUUAAAUAUAAGCAACAACAUUUUUUUGUUUAAUCUCGUAGUUGAAUGCUAUUGACUGUUAGA